AUGUUGCCUCUUCGGCUGCGUCGCGUAAGUGGACACGAGGGCCGCGAGAAUGACAUAUUGUUCCACCCGCCACGGUCGAAGCCACCGACGCCUGAAACGUUGGUGUUUUUCGGUGGAGAUGUGCAGGAUUACGAGGAGGUUAUGCAAGCCCACCGUGAUAAUAAGAAUUACGUGAGAUGGAGUCUCGAGAACACGGCGCGUCUGCUGAGCGAACACUUCCCGACCAAACACAUCGUAGUCGUGAGACCGGCUCGCAUAGAGUACAAAAGCUUCAGCUGCUACGACAACUUCGUCCCCAGCAGCAACGCCGGAGUGCCCGAACACACGCCGACUCACAGUGCGCUGCACCACCUCGAGAAAUUGCUCCAAGAGGUGGGCAGCAGGGUAAAAGCGAUGCCGGUCAGACAGUUGUGUGACGCUGUGGUGUCUCUCUUCUCGGAUGAUGUCGAACAGAGUUGUAGUCGGAAAGAUAGCGACUCAAACGGCGCGACUAAAUGUGAUGCAGUUAAAGGAGAGAGCGACGACGAUGACACGCAAGCCUCCGCAGCCAUGAGAUGGCGCGAGUGUCUCCUCUUGGGCGAGAGCAAGGUGUCGGUGAUGGGCUUCAGCAAGGGCUGCGUGGUGCUGAACCAGUUCAUCUACGAGUUCCACUACGCUAAGACCCUCACGCCCUGGGACAAGCACAUGUGCAGGUUCAUAGAGCGCAUCCAAUCCAUGUGGUGGCUGGACGGAGGUCACGCCGGAGGGAAGAACACCUGGAUCACGGCUCGCAGUCUGCUGGAGACGCUGGCGCGACUCGACGUAAACGUCUACGUGCACGUCAGUCCGUAUCAAGUCAACGACGAAGGCCGACCUUGGAUUGGAAGAGAAGAGAAGACUUUCAGCUCCUUACUUCACAGGCUCGGGGCUAAGAUCGAGCGGUACGUGCACGCAGAAGGCAGCACCCGUUACUCGCUGAAUACGCACUUCAACGUGCUCGCAAACUUCAAAGAGGUGCAGGACUCGCGCUCGCCGGACCCCCACAACGUGUCCGACGACGAUAACUAA